AAAAUACUCGUACUAGAGAUUUAUGAUUAUAGUAAUAAUAAUUGCGAAGCAGAGGGAUAGAUAGAGAUAGAAAGGGGGAGAGUUUGUCCGUAUUUGCAUUAGAGAGAGAGAGAGGGGGUGGUGACUCGUGGAGGUAUACAAGAGUAGAUGCGUGUAUUCUCAUUGACACUCAUCAUAUUAUGGCGACCAGAUCGCGUUGGAAAUCGCGUCAUCUUCUUCACCUUCUCCUAGCUUUCUCCUCCUAUUAUAAACCCUAACAUCUUUCUCCAUCUCUCCCCAUCCCUUUCUCAGCAAUGGCGGAAGUGACGAAGGUGCUGUACAUAGUGGUGGCGAGCGACGAAGAUGACGGCAGGGACGCUGCUGCGACGUCGUUUCGGUACACGAGGCCGGUUCUCCAGAGUACUUUUCAGCUUAUGGGAUGUAAAGCUAGGCAUGCUUUCAAGAUCAGCAAAAGGGUGUUUGAAUUGGUUCAAAGUGAUUGCUCUGUGGAGGCUUUUGUUUCAGAGGGUCAAGUAAUAGCAGGGCAGGAAUCCUCAAAAGUACACCCUGUAAAAGAAAAUAGCUGUGAUAUUAAACAGCUUCCUGAUAAACCAAGUAGCGAGAAUUAUUUGGUUUCAGGGACUGAAAGUGAACGAAAGAGCAAACCUUUUGAUUUGUACAAGAGACGCACUACAGCAAUUGUUAAAAGAAAAACCUUCCUGGAUGUUUCUUGCAAAGCUUUAGCCGAGUACAAGUAUGUGUCUCCCAAUCAGAGGGCAGAUCUGGUAUUAGCUUGCAGAAUUCGGGAGCGGAAGGAAUCAGUUACUAUAUUAUUGUGCGGCACAAGUGGCUGUGGAAAGUCUACCUUGUCUUCUCUACUGGGUAGUAGAUUGGGCAUAACAACUGUAAUAUCAACAGACUCAAUUCGACAUAUGAUGAGAAGUUUUGUCGACGAGAAGCAAAAUCCCUUACUUUGGGCUUCUACUUACCAUGCCGGGGAAUAUUUAGAUCGUGUGGCUGUUGGAGAAGCCAGGAUCAAAAGAAAGGCGAAGAAACUAGUCUCUCCCUCACUGUCAGUGGGUGAUGUAUCUGAUAACUCCAACAGUGGAAUGACAUCACCAAAGGGAGGUCCAAGCACUGCCGAGUUGAUUAGUCCAAAACUGAUGGCUAUUGAAGGAUACAAGGCACAAAGUGAGAUGGUAAUUGAUGGUCUCGAUCGGUUGAUCACAGGAUGGGAAGAGAGAAAAGAAUCAGUAGUUGUUGAGGGUGUUCACCUGAGCCUUAAUUUUGUGAUGGGACUUAUGAAGAAACAUCCUUCAAUUAUACCAUUCAUGAUAUAUAUUACAAAUGAGGACAAACACUUAGAACGGUUCGCAGUUCGUGCAAAGUACAUGACACUUGAUCCUGAAAAGAACAAGUAUGUAAAAUAUAUUCGGAAUAUCAGAACAAUCCAAGAGUAUCUUUGCAACAGAGCCGACAAACAUUUAGUGCCGAAGAUUAACAAUACUAAUGUUGACAAGAGUGUGGCAGCCAUCCAUGCAACAGUUUUCAGCUGCUUGCGGAGGCGUGAGGCAGGGGAAAAGUUUUAUGAUCCCGCCACAAAUACAGUUACUGUUAUUGAUGAGGAGUACAGGAAUCAGUGUGUUGCUGACUCAAUGAGCUCCAAAGGAAUGUUUCAACUGAUCCAGAGACAAGGUUCGAGUAGGCAUCUAAUGGCGCUUUUGAACACUGAUGGCUCUGUUGCGAAGGCAUGGCCUCUGGUCUCUGUAGAUGGCAAUGGGAAGCCCAUUUUGGGCCAAAUGACUGAAGAUGAGUCUGGGAACCCUUUGGAUGGCUUGUUUCCUGUUGGUAAAGCUGAAACUGUCAAUUUGCAGUUUGGGAAUUUUGGGAUCAGUGCUUGGGUCAGUGAUACCGGUGGUACUAGUCAUGCCAGCAGUCUUGAUGACUUCAAGGGUGAUGGGACUGACAAUGGUAGUAAGUAUUAUUCUUCAUGCUGUAGCUCACCAAGAAUGUCUGAUGGACCUUCCAAGGAGCUGAUGGAAGAACAAUCUGUGGAUGGCAGCGAUGAAGAGAUUGAUGUACCGCCUGAGGUAGACAGUGAUGAGGACUUCAGUGAUGAUGAUUUCAAACAGAUUCAAGAAGAGAUUGAGGGAUCAGUGGAUGAGGAAUCUACCAAAUCUGAUGAGGAGUAUUUAGAUCUUGCAAUGCAAGAUAUUCAAGAGAAUGGUUACUGGUCAGACAAUGAUGAAUCCUACGAGGAUGCUCCUUUGCCCGUCUUGGCUGAUCAGUCCACUGAUGGUUUAAUUACUGCAAAAUACAAGCAAAAUCUUGAUCGAUUUAUGAGGACUAAAAGUGAACCUGUGUCUGACUCAAUCUGGAAAAAGGUGACCACCUCUGGAAAAGUCAAGCUUAGAAGACGGUCUCAUAGCAUUUCAGCUGUUGGGAAGGUUGGCUCAUUUUUUAAUGGUCCUGAUCUGCCGGCAGCUGGCCAAAUAUAACAAUACAGUGCACAGUUCUCGUAUCAGCAUCUAGCUAUUAGUAAAUUUAAAUCUCUUAUGCAUAAUUUAUAGCAGUACUCUCUUAUGCUCCUUAGUAUAUACAAUGCAGAGCACAGGUUCUGGCAUCUUUUCAGUCUAGCUUUAAAGAGUUUCCAACAUGCCUAAUGUGCUUGUGUGCCGCUUGCUGUUCUCCUUUGUUCGUCUUAGGUUAAAAUGAGAGCAAUGUCUCUCCUUUUGUAUAGAAACUCCAGCUCUAGCUCUUUCUUGUGUAAUGUCAGAUUCUCAGAAACCCGAAAUUUUGUGCUGUAUUUUAAUUGUUUGUUCCGUAAA